GAUGCCAAACAACAACAACCCUUUCAACCUACGAUAUGUUCUAGAAAAGGAAAAAUUAUCUGGAGCUAACUUUCUUGAUUGGGAAAUGAAUCUUAAGAUUGUUCUCGAAUGCGAGAAAAAGCUUUACGUCCUAACAUCUGAGCCUCCCAAAUCUCCUGAAGCGAACGUCCGUGCUACAGAAAUUCCUUCGUACCAGAAGUAUGAAGAUGACGCACGUGAUGUGAGAUGUCUCAUGCUAGCCACCAUGACCCCGGAGCUCCAAAGGCUCCACAAGGACAUGGAAGCUCAUCCUAUGAUGACUUGCUUGAAAGGUCUAUACCAAGGCCAGGCUAGACAUGAACGUUUCAUAAUCUCUACGACUCUGUUUUCCAGUAAGCUGGCAAUGGGUAACCCAGUUGGUCCCCACGUUCUCAAGAUGAUCGGUCAGCUCGAAACUCUUGAAAAAGUGGACGCCCCGAUGCACCCUAUGCUGGCAACUGAUCUAAUCUUGGGAUCAUUACCAGCUGAGUAUAGUCAAAAUGUAGUGAACUUCUACAUGAACAAACUAGAGAUGACUAUGCCUGAGGUACUGAAAUUCCUCACAACUGCUGAGGAGAGUCUAGGGAAGGGCAUGCGUAAGUCUAUCCUGAUGGUAGAGGGUAGUACUGUUGCGAAGAAGAGUGGGCCACGUUCGCCGGCCGGGACCAAGCGCAAGAGUUCUAAGAAACCCAAGCCAGCGUCCAACUCCUCUUCGUUGAAACCCAAAGAAGGAGCUAAGAAGAAGUCUGUUGUAUGCUAUUAUUGUGGCAAAAAGGGCCACUUGAGGGGCAACUGCGCAAAAUUACUGGCAGAGAGGAAAGAGGGAAAGAAACCUCAAACCUCAGGAUCUUCGUUCGUUGUUAAAGACAAACCUUUUUCUAACUUUAGAAAUGAAAUAUUUUAUGCAACUGCAAAAAUGACCAACGGUCUCUAUGUCCUCGACAUGGAUACCGCAGUAUAUAACGUGGAUGUUAAGAGAAACAAACCUAACAGUUUGAAUCUCGCGUACCUAUGGCAUUGUCGUUUGGGCCACAUUAACGAGAAACGCAUAUCUAAGUUACAUCGCUCAGGUGUACUUGUUUCAUUUGACUUCCAGUCAUAUGAUGUAUUAAUUUUUAUGGGAUAUCCCAAGGAAACAAGAGGGUAUGAGUUCUAUCAUCCAUCCGAUAACAAAAUUUUCGUUGCUCGGAAUGGAACCUUCCUUGAGAAGGAGUUUCUUUCUGCUAUCACUAGUGGGAGAAAGGUAGACCUCGAAGAAAUUCGAGAACCACAAGAAGAAGUCCCGAUAGUGUUGGAACAUGAGCAAAGAGAUCAAGCAAUUGAACCUCAAACUGCUCAAGAUAUACCACAUAGGUCAGACCAGAUACGUAAUCCUCCAGUCAGAUAUGGAUUUCUCAUGUCUGAUGAAGAUUACCACUCAUCUUUUGUUGAGCGUAUAGCGUUGUUUCUGUAACACCCUAAUCCGUCCAGGUCCAAUUUCGAAAAUAUCAUUUUUGGUUACCGAACUUCGUAAAAACUAUAUACAAAUGUUCUCCAAGGUUCAUAGGUCAUUUUGGUAUCAUUAAUUCAUAGUUUAAACAUCAAAUUCAUGGUUUAUGAUUCUUGGUUCUUCAAGCAUGUCAAACACAAAACUCAAUCAAACGAGUGUUUAUGAACGUAGAAACGAUCUAUACGAACAUUCUAGUCACUAGAUAUAUCAACGGGCUUACCUCGAAGGUAAAUGAAGGUUUUGAAGAUUU